UUGGUUCGUUUGGUGCGCCUGGUUCUCGGUGUCAAGCGGGUUUGUAACGUUGAUUUAAUCGACACCUGCGACAGCAAAACACUUAAACCGAGGAUUUUGUUUUACCGGCGAUGAAAGGAUGAACGUCUGCCAGGCUUCUUGUUAGCGCAUUUUCUGUUGACUGACACGGUGAUGUUGUUGCCUCCCUCACACAACCUGCCUGGCUCAGGCUGAGUUUUCGGUAUGGCAGGAAUGGCGUAUCUGCAACAAGUGUCGGUAAAUGUUUUAAAAGUCAGCAUCUCAUUACCUCGUGAUCAAGAUUUCCCAUACAGAUUUUCAAAUGAAAAUGGAGGAUAUGCCCCUGUCAGGCCCAGACAACACCAAGCUGGAGGCCUUGGUCCAUGACAUCUACUCUGAGCUGGUGGAAGACGCCUGUUUGGGCCUGUGUUUUGAGGUACAUCGUGCUGUGAAACAGGGCUAUUUCUUUCUGGAUGAAACGGACCAAGAGAGCAUGAAGGAGUUCGAAAUCGUGGAUCAGCCAGGGGUGGACAUAUUUGGCCAAGUGUACAAUCAGUGGAAAAACAAAGAGUGCGAGUGCCCAAACUGCAAAAGAUUGAUAGCAGCUUCUCGCUUCGCCCCACACUUGGAGAAAUGCCUUGGCAUGGGGCGCAACAGCAGUCGCAUCGCCAGCCGCAGGCUCGCCAGUAAUAAUAACAUGAGCAAAUCAGAGAGCGAUCAGGAAGAUAACGAUGACCUCAAUGAUAACGACUGGUCGUACGGGGCAGAAAAGAAAGCCAAGAAGAGGAAGUCAGAUAAGAAUCAGAAUUCCCCAAGAAGAUCCAAAUCUAUAAAACAUAAAAACGGUGAGCUUGUGAGCAGCGUCAGUUCAGAGUCUUACAAGUACAACUAUAAUACUGGCAUCAGUUAUGAAACUUUAGGCCCUGAUGAAGUCAGAUCCCUUUUAACAACGCAAUGUGGGGUGAUCUCUGAGCACACCAAGAAGAUGUGUACCAGGUCUCAGAGAUGUCCCCAGCACACGGACGAGCAGAGGAGGGCCGUCAGGGUGUUCCUCCUGGGGCCGUCCGCGCCGUCGCUGCCUGAUGCGGACGCUGCCGUGGAGAACGACAGCUUCGACAUUCCAGAUGGACAGGCCCUGAUGAGCCGCCUGCAGUGGGAGGACUCCCCUGAUAUUUCCCCCACUGACUCCGCCUCAUCUAAAGCCAGCACCAACCAUUCAGAUUCUAGAAGGCCCAAGAAAAAGAAGAGGACGUCUGUUGGUUUGAACAGUGGAGGAGGAGGAGGAGGAGGAGGAGGAGGAAGUAGUCUGACUGGAGGUGGCGGCGGCAGCAGCAGCAGCUCUCAGAGUAAUAUCAGCUUAUCGACCAAAAAAAAGAGGCCCAAACUCUCAGCACCUUCUAUUUCCAGUAUCUAUGAUGACUUAAACUAGCGUAAACCCUUCCUGUCAGACCAGCUCCUGCCUCCUCUGUGAGGUCCCUCCUUUCAUACAGUAACAGGCCUCAACAGGGAUGAAACUUGACUUAGUAGUUCUUAUUCAUCCAGCCUUGCAAAUCAGGCAAUUUAUUGAAUGUUUCUCCUUCUGAAUUAUGAACAAAGUGAUCUAAAAACUAUUAUUGGUCACAGAAUCCAAUCAGAGUAUCUGCAGGAACUUACUGGGAAAAUUCCACCCGAAAACUCGACCAGCUUAUUCUGGUGGUUUCGAAGCGGUUCAGCCACAAGACCAUUAGUGUGGUCAUCACAAAGGUGUUGGAUGGGGUCAGGGGUCUGUGCGGCCCGGUCAAGUUCUUCCAAAACCAGACAGGGAAAAGCAUUUCUUUAAGGACCUGGUCUUGAGAACGGGUUAAAUACCAUGUGGAAACAGGGAAGGGCUGUUCCCCAAACUGUUGUUGCAAAGUUGGAAGCACAUUAUUAGCAAAACAAAAACAAAAAAAAAGCAUCAUAUCACCAUGAAAAACAGACUACACGUGCGGGGGUGUCCACAUACUUUUGGUCAUGUAAUUUAA